CACACACAUUGCUUUGGAUGGCGAGCGAGCUGCAAACACACAAACAGCAGUCGCUACUUGUGUGGGGGGAAAAAGAGGAAUGGAGUGAGCGUCGAUGAGGGUGAGUGUGUGACGAAGAGGAGGAAGAGUUACUGGAAGGUGAACCCGUCACAGGGACUCAGUGUCAGCGUCACCAGGGGCUGAAGAGGAGAUCCCAAAACUGCCUCGUUUCACUUAUCGGAUAUGUAUUAUUCCUGAACUGAUAGAACUCGGUUUGACUUCCUGACCUCAACUUCCCCGUGUGUUUUCUGUGUUGAUGUGGAUGGUUUUACAUAACUGGACAGGAACAGUUUGUCCAAGCCUGCCUGAGUGACUUGGGUAUUUCCAGAACCUGAGACAGACAGCGUUGCCCUCUGUGGUCUGUACGCUCAGCAGCUCCAUGCAGAGCUUACACAAGAGCUGAGUUUUUAAAGUAGGCCUCCUAUUAAAUCCUGGACAAAUGAUCCUGGCUUCUCUGUGCACAUACAACUCCCACAAAGCUCUAUGGAAAACAGUGAGAAACUACAAGAAAUAAUUGUGUUUAACUGACUUGCCCUGAGGACCUCCUGAGAGAUAGAAGUUGAGCCGCGCUCGUCCUGCAGGACUGUGUGGUUGGUGGUGCUUUUUUGCUCACAGUUGCACACACAUAUACAUCUCAACAGAAAUGAUUAUUUGAUUGAGCGAAGCAGGAAGACCCAGACACGGGAGGUGGAAACUGAACUGCUGACAGAGGGAAGACGAGGAUCAUCAGCAGAUGGAGAGGAAGCUGACAGUAGCCAUCGUGCAGUCCCUUACAAACAGCAGCAGAUCAUUGAACCAGUUGUGGUGUCAACAGGAGGAGGUGAAGUCCAUGUCCCUGCCGGCCAACCUGAGCUGCCUGCAGGGCGCCGGGGGGGCGGAGGGGGAGGGGGAGGCCGCGGCCCUGGCCACGCUGGAGAAACAGCUCAUCUGUCCCAUCUGUCUGGAGCUGUUCAACAAACCCGUGGUCAUCCUGCCCUGCCAGCACAACCUCUGCAGGAAGUGUGCCAACGAGCUCUACCAGCCCUCCCUGUUCCAGGCUCGCACCACCAUGCAGGUGAACAGCGGGCGCUUCCGCUGCCCGUCCUGCAGACAUGAGGUGGUGCUGGAUCGCCACGGCGUCUACAGCCUGCAGCGGAACCUGCUGGUGGAGAACAUCAUCGACGUCUACAAACAGGAAGUCAGCAACAACAGCAACGCCACAAGCCCCCUCCCUCUUCCUCCACCUGGUGCUCAGCUGACGUGUUCGGACCAUGAGGGCGAGAAGGUCAACAUCUACUGUCUCACCUGUCAGCUUCCUACCUGUUCUCUCUGUAAAGUGUUCGGAGCUCAUCAGGCCUGCCAGGUGGCUCCUCUGACAGACAUCUGCCAGCAGCACAAGGAUGAGCUGAGUGGAGCAGUCAGCUCUCUGGCGGCGGUCAACGACAAAGUCCAGACUUUGAUUAAUGAGCUGGAGGAGACGUGCAGAAACAUAGAGGAGAACUGUAAGACUCAGAAACAAAGUGUGUGUGAGACGUUCGGCCGAGUGUUUUCCAUCCUGGAGGAGAGACGGAAGGCGAUGACGCAGCGAAUCAGCACUGAGCAGGAAGAGAAGACAGGCCACGCCCAGGCGCUGAUGCUUUGCUAUGGAGACAGCAUGGAGGCCAACAGCAAACUGGUGGAGCGAGCACUGAGCAGCAUGGAGGAGCCAGACAUGGCUGCUUUUGUUCAGAAUUCUAAAGAGCUGAUCACAAAAGUGCUAGCAGCGAGCGGCUCCAGUCCAGCUGAGACUCUGAAACCAGGCUGUGAGACUUUGAGCCACUACAGAUUUGACUUCAGCAGACAGGAGAAAGCUCUGAAGAGCAUUGACUUCCUCAAAGUUGUGGAAGAGGUUCCUGAAGAAGCAGAGGUGGAACCGGAGCCAGAGGAACCCAAAGAGCCCCCUGUCCAGAACGUGGAACCAGAACAGCAUCGGGAAACCUCGGCCCAGAACCUGGAACCUGGUGUAGAAGCAGUUCCAGAGCUGAUAUCCCCACCAGAGGAACCGGCUGCAGGCCCGGUGAGGUACACCGUGGAGCCUACAGUGGCGCUUCUGCAGCCAGAGACUGACGACCCAAACGUAGCUGAUGGAGGAUCUGGUCUGUUGAACAGGGGCGUCGGACUGGGGGUUGAAAUGGGACUGAGUACCCAGGAUCCUCAUGUGAGGAGGGCCCAAAAAGAUGCUGGAAUGAAUAGCUGUGGAUGCGGGGAGAGGCCCAUUGAGAAUGCCUUUCUACAGGGCCCAGGAUUUUGUGCUGCGCCCCUGCUGAUGAAGAACAAGGAGGCGGAGAAAGAGGAGGGGGAGGGACGUGCAGCUCCUGAUCCUGUUAAAGAGGGAAACGUCUGUGAAGAGCAGGAGGGAAUGAGCACAGUACAGUGUGAGGCAGUAAGCGAUGCAGAUGAUUGGAUGGCACAGAGUGCCACCGAGGACAAACAUGACACUCAGGAUGAAGAAGAAGAAGAUGAAGAAAUGAUGGAGGAGGAAAUGGCUGCUAGGUUUUCCCCCGGCUGGUAUCGACCCAGCAACUGGUGCAGAGUUAGCCCCGUCCUUGCAGACAUCCCGCCAAAGGUUCUGGAUGCAGAGCCGACCAUGUGUUCAACACCACCAGCUGGGGAAGCACGCCCAGAGGCCGGGAUCCAGGCUGAGGCAGUCCAAGUCGUGUGUGAGCCCCAAGUACGACCACGUUCUGUGGAUCUGUGGAGUCUGGAAACACUGCAGCCUCAGAGCAUGUCUAAGAGCAUGUCUAACCCCGACCAACCUUCACCUGGACCACAACAACUCCUACUUUCCGCUGAGCAUGUGUCGGAAAGCCAACGGCUCUCUGUUCUUCAGUCUGCCCCACAGACGGCAGCUGUUGAGCUGGGCAGUGCUUUAACACCGGUUCCCCAUCUACAACUGACUAGGCAAGCAGCCGGAGACACUGGUAUCCCAGAGGAGGAACCCAAGGAGGAGGAGGAGGAGGACAUGCAGGGCUGGGUGUGCCUACCCGGGGCUGGGGACAAAAGCUUCAGCCCAGCAGACAGUAGUUUUGAUCUGGGAGACGGUGUGUCUGAUGAUAAUGAUAGUCCGUCAUCCGUGGCGCCAGCGGAGACUUGUGAGGGUUCUGGGGUCGAGAGAGGUAGCUCAGAGAUGGGUAAAGACGAGUUGGAGCUGAGUGACAGAGGAGCAGAGGAUGCAGACGGGACAGAGCAACAUGAUGAAGAUCAUUUAGAUCUGAAAUGUGCUUCAGAGGUCGAGACGACGAAUGAAGGGCUGGAAGAAGGAAACACACGGUGUGAUGAAAGGAAUGAAACAAUGGAUUCUAUCCAUAUGAGGGAGGAUGGCUCUGAGCAGAAAGAUGUCAGCCUGGACACAGGAGAGCCUGGUGUGGAGAGUGAAAUCAGGUGGAUGCAGGGAGCCGGGGACGCAGGGUUUGAGGCCGGUAGUUCAGGGUUGGCAGAAGAGAAAGAGGAUGAUGGAGCGAACAGCGAGCAGCCUGAAGACUUUAGUGUUGCUGAAAGUGAAGAGAAAAUAACCUCCUCUGUUUCUCUCCAGGCUGUCACUCUGCUCUUCUACCUGUUGGCCUUCCUGGUCAUCCUGCAGAGGGUUUGGGCAUACAUCGGCUGCUUCAUUUGCACAUAACCCCAGCAGGAGACACAUCCACCCUCACUGCUGCACAGCUCAGCUGGAGACUGAGACAAGGAGUCCUGCUCGGACCGGUCCUCCUCUCUCCUCCUCUUCCUCGUCUUUCACCCUCGGCGAGGUUCCUCGCCGGCCCAGUUUCUGCUUCUCCUGGCUGAACUCUGUCCCCAAGAAGUAGAGGAAAGAGAGAAGAGAAGAUGUUUGUGCUGAGGAGAGAAAGCAAAAAAAAGAUGCACUCCAGAGUCAGAUUUGUUACCCCAGUGCUGCCCUGAGACUGAAAACAUACGUGUACUUCAGAGUUGCAGCAGUUUUAUCAACAGUCUCUGUUGUGUUCUGCAUAUUCAUCCAGUUUAAAACAAAUUAGGACAAGAUAGGAAUAGAUCUGCUCUGGAUCUGUGUGCCUAAAGGGAAAAACACUGACUCUGUUGGGCUCUUAUUUUGAAAGGGCAUCGAGAAGAAGCUGUCACCCUUCACAACGUUCAAGUUUGUGACUUUAAGUAGCAGUGUCGAGGAAAUAGUAUUUGAAAUAGCAUUAGUAUUAUAUCAUUGUACUAGCUGUAGUUGUGGUACAACUAGUAGUCAGU